ACUAGUAAAUUUAUAUAAUAUAACGAUGUCUGAUAAUCAACAACUUGAAAUUGAAAGCAAGGAAGGACCAUCCGGUCUUACUCCAGACCACCCCGACCACCCAGUCACCAAGGUUCAAACUGAUGGUGACUACGUUCAAUUUGGUAAUGAACGUUAUUUAAGAUCAGAAUUGGUUGAAGCCUUCGGUGGUACUUUGAACCCAGGUUUAUCUCCUCCACCAAAGCACGACUUUGCCAACCCUGCUCCAUUAGGUUUAUCUGCUUUUGCUUUAACCACCUUUGUCUUGUCAUUAAUUAACUGUGAAGCAAGAGGUGUCACUAUUCCAAACAUUGUUGUUGGGUUAGCUUUCUUCUACGGAGGUGCUGCUCAAUUAGUUGCUGGUAUGUUCGAAAUUGCCGUUGGUAACACUUUCGGUGGUGUCGCUUUAUCUUCAUACGGUGGUUUCUGGGGUUCUUGGGCUGCUAUCCAAGUUGAUGCCUUUGGUAUCAAAGCCGCUUAUGCCGAAGAACCAAAACAAUUUGCAAACGCUAUAGGUAUAUUUUUGAUUGGUUGGUUUAUCUUUACCUUCUUUAUGAUGUUGAUGACCGUUAAAUCUACAGUUGCUUUCUUCAUGGUGUUCUUCUUGUUGACAAUUACAUUCUUGUUGUUGGCAAUUUCUGAAUUUAACGGAUCCACCGCUGUUAAGAAGGCUGGUGGUGUUUUCGGAUUGCUUACUGCUUUUACUGCUUGGUACAACGCUUACGCCGGUAUUGCUAACCCACAAAACAGUUACAUUACCAUCAAGGGUGUUCAAUUACCAGACUUCCAAAAUAGAGUUUAAAUCAAGUAGUAUCCUGGCGAUUCAAAAUUGGUUUAUCUACAAAUCCGGUCCCCCCUUAAUCAUAUGAACAAAUUUUACUUAAUGUGUUAAUCUGUCCCCCAAACCCCCCCUCCUUUUUUUAUAUAUUUAUUUAUCUUUUUAAUAGUAGUAAUAGUAAU